CGUAGCUACUGGUUAUGUUAUAUUUAAUUCGCUUGCUUAUUUGGAUCACUUAGUACAGCAAACAUUCUCAGAUGUCAUAAAUUUGUCAGGCAAUUCUUGGUCGCUUCACUUCAUGUUCUGCUCUUGGCAAUCGGAGACUGAGGAGGAAUUCGACGAGUUUCCAGGGAUUAAGAGGUCGGCAUGGCGGAAAACCCUCGGAGAUUCACAGUAGGUUACGCACUCGCUCCCAAGAAGCAGAAGAGCUUCAUCCAGCCCUCGCUCGUCGACCUCUCACGCAAGCGGGGCGUCGAUCUCGUUCCCAUCGACACCACUCGGCCGCUCGCCGAACAGGGACCCUUUGAUUGCGUGCUCCACAAGCUCCACGGCGAGGACUGGAAGGCCCAGCUUGACGGUUUCGCCACCAAGAACCCUGGCGUCCCCAUCGUCGACCCUCCCCUCGCCAUCACGCGCCUCCACAACCGCAUCUCGAUGCUCCAGGUCGUCUCCGAGCUCAAGAUUCCCCAGCAGAGGGAGACCUUUGGGAUCCCAAGCCAGCUCGUGGUCUAUGAUUCCGGUACGCUCAACUCCAACGUCGUCGAGGCCCUCCGCUUACCCAUCAUUGCGAAGCCCCUGGUAGCCGAUGGCAGCGCCAAGUCUCAUAAGAUGUCCCUGGUCUUCCACCGGGAAGACCUCCUAAAGCUCAAACCGCCGCUGGUGCUGCAGGAGUUUGUGAACCAUGGCGGGGUCAUAUUCAAGGUGUAUGUGGUGGGGGAUUACGUGCAGUGCGUGAAGAGGAAGUCCCUCCCGGAUGUCACCGAAGAGGAGUUGGAGGGUUCCGAGGGAUCGGUGACCUUCUCGCAGGUGUCAAACAUGACGACACAGGUCUCGUCGAAGGCAGAGUAUUACAUGCAACUGGAUGAGGCGGAGUUGCCGCCAUUGAGCUUUGUCACGGAGAUAGCGAGGGGUUUGAGGCGGGCGUUGGGACUCCGCCUCUUCAAUUUUGACGUCCUCAGGGAUGUGAAGGUCGGCACCCAUUACCUUGUGAUCGACAUUAACUACUUCCCUGGGUUUGCGAAAAUGCCAUCGUAUGAGGGAGUUCUAACGGAUUUCUUCUGGAACAUCGUCCAUGAGAAGGAAGUAAAAGAGGCCGGAGGCUCCGCCACCGGCAACGACGACAAAGAAGCGUAAGCGUUCGGUUGGCAGUCACCGCAACGUGACAGUAGAUACGGAGACUGUUGAAUGAUGCCUUGACGAUGAUCCGACCAUUGGCUGCAAUAAGUAGGUUGAGCAAGAAUUAGUUCAUUUUGGUUCUUACAUUGACGAUGUACAUCCUUCAUUCUGUGGCAAGAAUUAGUCACAUCUGCUGCUAACAUGCGUCUUCUCGACAAUUACAAGUGUAUACUCUGAGGUUCCAUUCAAAAGAAUAGCACAUGAAAUUUGCAAUUUCCCGAGCUUCUUACUAUC